AUGAUGAACCAGUCAAGAGUAAGUGGAUUCCUUCUACAUGGAUUCCCUGAUAUUCGGGAGGUGCAGGUAAUUCACAUCAGCCUUUUUGUCAUAAUAUAUUUGGUGGCCCUCAUAGAAAACCUUAUCAUCAUCACUGUCAUCUUCUACAGCCACCAGCUUCAUACACCCAUGUAUUUCUUUCUGGCCAACCUGUCAUUGCAAGACAUUGGCUCCAUAUCGGUUACAGUUCCCAAGUCCAUUGCAAAUUCCUUGAUGAAGACCCAAACCAUCUCUUACUCUGGAUGUGUUUGCCAAAUAUUCUUCCUUGUUUUCUUCAUGAUGUCCCACUACGUCUUCCUUGGUGUCAUGGCAUAUGAUCGCUAUGUUGCCAUCUGCAAUCCACUGCAUUAUGAGACUGUCAUGAACAAGAAAGCUUGCAUUCAGAUGGCAACCAGUGCAUGGAUUGGUGGAUUUUUCUAUACAACAAUGUACACCGGAACAACAUUCAGAGUUGAGUUCUGUUCUAAUGUCAUCAAUCAGUUUUUCUGUGAAAUACCACAACUGCUGAAGAACUCUUGCUCUGACUCGGAUAACACUGCGAUUUGGGUUCUGACUUUUGGAGCUUGUUUAGCCUUCAUCUACUUUGCUCUUAUUGCUUUUUCUUACAUUCACAUCUUCAGAGCAGUCCUGAAAAUCCCAUCCAAACAAGGGAAGCAAAAAGUCUUCUCAACUUGUUUGCCUCACCUUAUUGUUAUCACCCUGUUUUUGGUAAGUGGCACCUUUGUCUAUUUAAGACCAACAUCUGGGUCCCCAUCAGCAUUUGACCUCUUGGUUUCUAUGUUCUACUGCAUGGUGCCACCACUAAUGAAUCCAAUCAUCUAUAGCAUAAGAAACAAAGAUCUUAAAAUGGCAUUCUGGAAGUUGCUGGUAAAUAUUUCCCCCCAAUUCUUAGACAAAAACCAUUCUCCAUUUUAG